ACGUCCCCAAAUUAUUCCAUUUGCCUUGGUACACCUUAUGUCUAUCACCUAGAGGUAGAUUUUAAUUACGUUGACGGCAUCAAACAAAGCGACAUCAUUCGGCGGCUGGGUUUUAACAGACGGCCCAGGGCCACACCAGUCUCUGAACCACAUAGUGGGAUUGACCCUUCCCACUGGGCCUCUUCUGGGUCACUGUCAUCUGUGAGCAGCAAUGAAACUAGGAAUUCCUCUAUCACCCCCUCUUCCUCCUCCUCUUCUUCUGUUAACAGAAGAAAACCUCCUCUUCCUCCCUCCCAUUCCUCAUCUAAAUCCACUUCUGAAGGUUCUGAGCACUAUGAAGCCCUACAUGUUUGCCAUAAUAGUUCAGAUGAGAAGCCUCCCUUAAUGACAUGGCAAUCCACUAGUCCUAAACCAAAUCCUUUAGUGGAAAGGACUUUGGUGGAAACACGAAAGCGUUUAGAGCAAGAGAAGGUUUCUUCUCAGACAGUGACCCCAGAGAUAUACUCACGGCGUAGGCUAGCUAGUUUUGCUGGCCUAGGCUCAAGUGGUAUUCUGUCACCUCAUACCAGCUCGAGUGCUCUUAACCACACUCAGUCCCAGGAAAACCACAAAGUGUCUAAGCUAACAGUUCCUGAUCAGGCUUCCUCAGGGAGCUGCUCUUUGAGAACCAGCCCUAAGAGCUCUGGCAGGGCCACUCCAGUGACUACUGUUAGUCCACUGGACCUUCAGUUGGUCAGGGACCAAAUGGUGGUGGCUCUAGAAAGGCUGAAAGAGAUGGAGGAACAGGUAAAGAUCAUACCUGUGCUGAGAGUCAAGAUUUCUGUCUUGAAGGAAGAAAAACAACAGCUUAUUGCAUUGGUACAAAAACUAGAGAGUCAAAAUUUAGGUUGUAAUCUAGACGCAGAUUUGCAAGGUCCAUCCAGAAAAAGAGCAUAUAGCACAGGAACUACUGUGAAGCAUUCCAAGCCAGAAAAAGAUGAUGAGGGCCAGAGGAAGUCUGCCAAAAAGGUAGACGGUUGGGAACAUAAUGCCUUGUCUGAUCUUGACCAGUUUAAGCAGUUGAAUGCUGAAAAGCAGCUGACUGUCAAUGAUAAUGAGAAUAUGUGUGAGGAGUUUGUGCAUUCAAGAAGUUGCUGUAGGGAUGGUGCUACAGAAACCAAACUUAAUGUACGCUCAGUAGAAGUUGGUGUUACCGAAGCUAUGCUAGGUAUGGUGUCAGACACUGAGCUAGAGCUUGAGAUACAACAACAAACUGUUGAAGUUUUGAGGGACAAGGUGCAAACACUGGAGGUAGACCUUAAAAAGGCAUUGCUUAACGCAGAAUUGUGCAGACUGAAGAGUGCGCUACAGGAAGCUGGGGCCCAUACCCAUGCUGCCAAGAAUUAUAGUGCACAACCAGAGAUGCAAAGCAUUUCAACUCAGACAGGAAUGCUGACAAGGACAAUUGGCAUUGGAAAUCAUGUUCAACUUGUACAUGCUGCUGUUGGGGAAGGGGGAGUGCAAACUUUUAACACUGUAGGAGUGACCUGCCAGCCAGAGACAAAUGAUGUUGCGUCUGGCCUGGAUACACCCAUCGAAAUGUGGGAGAUACAGAAGAAAGUGGAAAAGAGGGAUCAUUGUGUAGGAACACAAUAUGUGCCAACUUGCAGUCAAGGUGUUGGGACAUUUGUGAGUGUUUGUGAUGUUGGUAUUAUGACCUUAGAGUUGAUGGAGACUCUGGAGAAAAAGAAGACAUCCACUAGAACAGUAGGCUGUGGUGAUUGCACCAUAGAUGUAAAUGUCAAUAUGGUCAAGCCUCUUGUUUCCCAGGGUAUUGUCACUGAACCUGUCAGAGGUAUAGAUAUUGGUGUAAUAAUGACUCCACAAACCAUGUCCCAAUGCAACAACACUGAUGUUCAUACCGUCUCCCGCUGCACUAGCACUUCCCCAGUCUAUGUCUCUGAAUCAAGCACCAUCCCAACAAACCUGCGUAUGAAGGAGAGACAUACCAACACUGCCCACAUAAUCACUCAAACACUUGCAGUUGGUGAUGGGAAAGUUAACGCUCAACAAGUGGCUGGAAAAAUGCACUCCACUGCAGUGGGGACUCCUGUAUACCUGAAGGAAGGAACAGUCACACCUGGUACCCCCAAAGUGAUGACUCGUGAUACUGGUGUUGGACUGGCUAACAUUAAUGAGAAUUUCUUGGUUGGGCUCCGAACACGGAACAUGGCAUGUGGUCCAUCUCGCUUACCAGACCCUAACAAGACCCGGAGUAUAGGGGUCGAGGUGGGUGAUGGGAGGAUACGGGAUGUGGAUGGGCAUAUGUGGAUGCCUGUACACUUACUACAGCCACAAUUAUAUGCACAGACGGAGCCUGGCCUGGAUCAUUACAUAGACCGAAUGCAGAGACUGCUAAAAGAGCAACAGAGUCUGCUAACUUGUAGCCAUUUUAAACCAAGGGAUGAGGAUGCUCUUCAACCCCAGCACCUCCUGGACACACAGCAUGGAGUACCCAAGCAUGGCUCUUCUUCAAAAGCCAAUGAGAGCAUGCAGCUUAAAUCAAAGAAUUUAAUGGAACAUUUCAGUGGUAAGCGUGUUUUUGCAUCCAUCUACUUCAUGUACAACUUUCCAAUAUUUGUUAGAAGAAGAGAAAGAUUUCCUUUCUAAAGAGUGGAAUGCAGACAGAAGAUAGAAAUAGCUCUCUUUGGUUUGUCUUUUGGCUGGAUGAGCCCUACACUUAGAAUAUUUUGGAUAGCAUUGUGGUUUGGAAAACUUUCAUGCCCCAUAGUCCAGUGGUCUGUGGCACACACAAAACAUAAAUACUGUCUAUUCUGUGUGUGACUGCUGUGUGCAUGGUGAAGAGAAGAGAAGGAGCACACAAGUCUAAAACCCUCAUUAUUUUUUAAAAUGCCUUAAAUAGAUAUUAUCAAUAAAGAUUUUAUUAAUAGAGAAUGCUGUAGUUGGUAGUUAUAGGGAUGUGCAUUAUUCAAGAGUAGUUAAGAAUAUUUCUCCAUACUUAAAAAGUAUACUAAAAGUGAUUAAGGUGGCUAACGCUAAAUAUUUCUUGAAUCAUUAUCUGUACCAUUCAACCACAUGUACAAAUUACAUGGUUCAUAAUUUCCAGUACAUGCAAGUUUAAAAUCUGUAAUCUUGAGGCAGUCUUGUAGGACAAAUAAAUCCUACUUAUCAAAAGUGAUCAUGUUAAAUAUUUUUAAGAGCGAAUCUGCAACGAAACUGCACUUGAUUACCAUUGUAGCUAGAACUUUAAUUUGUGAUAAGGGUUUUCUUUCUUUUCUUUGUUGUCUCCAAGAUGAACAUGGCACCAUCAGAUCCAUUAUCACAAGAAAGGACAUGUCUCAGAAAUGUGCAGAAAGCAGGAAGACCCUCAAGUCUCUUUCUCCAGGGUGAAGAUGAAGCAGUUCUUACAACAUCUCUCCAAAUAUUGAACAAAAUUAAUGUUAAAAAAUAAAUUGUUUCAUACAUUAUGUGCAUUUCCUUUAUUUCUGUUUGGGUGGAGCUUAUAAUUGUGCCUGUAAAUAGGUAGCAUGUACUGAGUUAAUACUAUUGCAGUUUUUUAAAAGCCAGUUGAUACUUAAUUUAUUUGAUUUAUUUGUAGAGUAGAAUUUCCUUUUUUUGUGAAAUGUCUAUGGUAUUGGUAUGGCUUAAAUUAUCAUUUGUACUUUGCUUUCUAAUCACAUCUCAUUCUCAGCUCAUUAAUACUUCCAUGAAUUCUCUUGAACCACAGCUUUCAUUCUGUGAACUCAAUUAUCAGUGCUUCCUUUUGCUUUUUUUCUCUGAUGAUUAUAAUUUAAAGGGCUUGAUGAAAGCUAGAUAUUCAGGAAUGAGCCAAAGAACUGCAUUGAUUUAGCCCUUUAUGUCUUGGUUGUAGGUUCGAGUGUCUAUCCAUUACUGAAGACUCCUUCUCUGAAUGGACUGAUUCUGAGGAGGAGAAGAGGAAAAGAGUAAAGAAGCAGAUAGAGGAGGGUUCCAGGAUCCGCACAAAGUCGUCUAAAAUGGAGAGAAGAGAAGGGUUGGUUAGAAAAGAAACACAUUUCCAUACACACAAUUUCCCCCUUGAAUAUGCUUUGCUGAUUUAAAAUGUUGUAUUAUGCUUCAAUAUUGCCACUAAGUGAGAGUUGUUUUGUAUUAUUUUUUUUUAUAGAUAUGAGAUGAGUGACAAGGUGAUUUCUGCCUGUCACAAGUUAAAAGCCCACCUAAAUGACACCAAGGUUUUAUCCAACAGAGAACUGGUGAGUCCCCAUAACCUGAGGAAGAGAAAUAUUUGCAAAUAUGUGGAAAAUGUGUGGUUUUGUUUUAUUUCUAUUACAGUGAGCAGUUUGGGUUUGAUUUUCUUCCCUGCUUGGGCUUUCAUCUGUGGAAGAGAAAGUGGUUCAUCAUAAAAUACUUCUGAAAUACUUUUGCAGUCUUUGAAAUGUGAAUUCCUUGCACUUUGAACCAUACCUUCAACUUCACUGUGCAGGAACCCGCUGAUCAAAAUCCUGAUUUUAAAUGCUUUGUGUGUUUGUGUGUGUGUGUUUCUGCAUAUAUGAAUAGUGCAUUUAAAAAACAAUUCUGGACAUUUAGACAAGUGCAGAAUGUAUUUUAUGUAUAAUCAUGAAUUAACAUUUUUAACUACAGCAGAUCAUAAAGUCCAACUACAAUUGAGAGCACUGUGUGCAGUUUCUCAUGCAUGAUACCCAGAAGGACAUGUUUCUUGUAUACUGCCAUUAAAAAAAGCUAUUCCCUGUAGGUAGGAGCACGCAUAAAUUUGUUUGGCUAGUGGCAAAGGUCAGUUAUAGGGAUCUGUGAACUACUCAUUGUUAACUGUCAUUUAAUAUUCAAAGUAAUCUUGACUAAACUGCAUGCCAUGAUUCUCAGCAUUGCAACUCAGAUGCAAGUAUUAUUUUAGUGGUAGAAUAA